AUGGCGAAACACCUGAUUGCAACAGCUGUGUUUGGUGAAGAGGAUGAUACCGACGAGGCUAUUGNAGAGUUUUAUUUGUCGUGGAAAAGGCCAACGAAAAAGAAAAAAAAGGCUUUGUCAAGCGAUAGCGAAACUUCAGAAGAUUUAGAAUAUUCUAAAAUUACAGGAAAUAUUUGUGAUACAGAACUUUUGUGUACAUUACCAAGCAAUGAAAAUAAUCAAAAUAACUGUAAUAUUAUAUCAAUGAGUGAUAUUCCUAUUAUAAUAGCGCCUUCAACACAUGUAUCAUCACAACUUGAAACAGCAGCAACUCAUCAUAAAGAAAUUGCAUCUAUUCAAAAACCAGUUACUACUUCACCUACUACCUCAAAUAGUAGUACUACCUCAGAUGACUAUAACAAAAUACAACAACGUAUUCUACAAGAAUGUAUAUUAAUAAAAAUGUAUACAAAAAGUAUUGAUGCCCGAUUGAAACGUCUGGAGGAUGGAAAAAUAAAGGAAAAAAAUAAUUCCUACGAAGAAGUGCAAAUAAUUCAAAAUCAAUUGCCUUUAAAGACAAUUGAUCAAAUAUCUCAUUUCGAUCAAACUCUGGAGAAUGAAAACGUUAAAAAAGCAUUUAUAAUGUUUAUUAAACGAAUUGGUGGUACUAACUCAAUAAAUAACGUUAAAGAAAUCUUAAAAAGAAUUUUUACUAACGAUCUUGGAACACAAUGUAGUUGGUUAGGUCAACGAAAUAAUUUUAAAAUAUGCGAUCUGUUACUAAUAGCAAUAAUUAAAGAUGUAGUAUUAUCAGUACAUAAUGAUUUUCAAGAAAUACAUUUUUGCAAAGCUGUAAGCGAAUGAUUCAGGCUCAGUAAAUUACGCCUUUCAAGAGACCAAAAGCAUAGACAUGAGCAAGAUACACAAACAAACGCUGAUAAUCCUCUUAAAGAAAAUUAAAAUAAAUGAUGUAUAUUAUACAUUAUUAUAUACAUUUAUAUACUUCUGCAU